AUGUCAACCAAACCUCAGGAACCUGAUGGCCUGGCAAUCAGAAACACCGCUUUACGGCGAUACCUCACGAUGCUCGCGCUGAAAACCACUGCGCGCUUCUACAAGUGGGACGGUCCCUGCGUUCCCGUCUCCCGCAGCAUCAUGGUCAAGAAGGGCAAGCGCGUCGUCGGCCUCACUGAAGCGGCGACCAUGGCCUUCAUCGCCGCCCGGACGAAGAUCCCGGUCCCUCGCGUGCACUGCUCAUUCACCUGCAACCACUCGACGUAUGUUGUCAUGGAGAGAAUUCCCGGAAAGACCCUUGCCGAUGCCUGGCCUGCCCUGUCUGAUUCAGAGCUCGAGCACAUCUUUUCGCAGUUGCGGGAUAUGCUCCGAGAGCUGCGGGCUCUACCGGCCCCGGGGACGGCGAUAGAAAGCUGCGUAGGCGGUUCGCUGCGUGAUUCCCGUAUUCCGUGGUCGAGGGCAAGGUUCGGGCCUUUCCCGUCGACACUGGCAUUCCAUCGCUGGUUGCGCCAAGGACUUGAACCAGGGCAGUUCCCAAAUCGUGAACGUGACAAUGGUGAGGAUUGGGUCGACAUUAAGCGCAUGGUGGCCAUGCAAGAUGAUCGGGAAUGGCCAUCGCCAGUCUUCACCCAUGGCGAUCUUAAUCCAUUUAAUAUUAUUGUUCGGGAUGCCAAGAUUGUGGCCAUUAUCGACUGGGAGUUUUCAGGAUGGUACCCUUACUACUGGGAAUAUACCUCCGCUUGGCUCGGAAAUAAGACGAGGGGAGCCUGGCAAAAGGUGGUGCCAAAAUUCCUGGAGCCGUGUCAAGACGAGCUCCAAAUGGAGAAGAUUAGACAGAGAUGGUGGGGAGACUUUUGA